UCUGUCUUUUCUCUCUUUUCUCUUAAUGUAAAUAGGAUCCCAGAUGUGCUUCAUUCUUUCCGACACUUGGUCAUGAAACGCCAAUCUGGAGGAAGACUUUCACUCUGUAGAGGAGGAAACAUGCCCCAGAGAGAAGUGGGUUUUCUCACUCACAACCAGUGGCAGAUCUGGACCUAGAAUACUGGGAAUUCCACAAGCUUUUGGUAAACCCCCUCCAGAAGGUACUCCAGAAAAUAAAGAGAUGAAUGGGAUUCUUUUAAAAGUUGAUGGUCUAGUCCUAUCUGGCCUCUGUGUAGGGUUUCAUACUUUACAAAUGUUUCUAUAGACAACAGAACCAAUUUGGGUCCUGCAAAAGUCUGGAAAGGUAGGUAUGUAACUAGGAAAUUACUCUUUUACAGGUAAGUCAAAGUCCAGAGACAGAAAAGCUGCACAGAAGUUAGUGGCAAGACCGAUAGAAUCUCAGUCGGCCGGUGUCUAUUGUCCUGAGGCCAAACAAUAGCUGGGCCCACAGCAAAUGCUUAGUAGGUGGCUACUGAUUCGUUAGAAUGAGGUCCACCAGCCUCACGGUAGGUUUGUAGGAAGUCUGAGAGAGAGACAGAGGCCAGCUUCUGUUUUUAUCAACCUCGAGGCCUAAGGGCAGUUUCUAAGCAGCUCCGGAGAGAAUACUGCCAGUGGGAGUUGACCUAGCUAGCUUGAGGUAGCAGUGUGUGGAAUCCUAUUGGCAUAAAGGAGCAUUCCUUCCAAUUAGUGUGGGUAGAAGAGAAAAUUCUCUUUUCUGAAGAUUUCCAGGCCGCCUGAACCCUGCCUCUAAAUCAGUAGUGACACUCCACCUAGGAACGUGACCUCUUCAGACCGCUGUUUCCUGACGAGAAAGCGAGGGGGUGCAUUUAAUGAGGUCUCUCUCUCUCUCUCUCUCUCUCUCUCUCUCUCGUGGAGACCCCAGGAUCGUUUAUCGGGCGCCCACGACGUGCCUAGCGCCGCGCAGGGUGCGGAUGGCGGUUUCUCUCGGGUCGCGCGAGGCAAGCACAGCUUCUCAGCCUAACACUUGGCGUACUGUAGUGCCAGGUGCCACCGUGUCACGUGCACACUCGAGUGUGCGCGUCAGGGUGGGGCUCGUGCGUCCUGUGCUCCCGGGCCCCGGCACUAAGAGCGGUGCGGGCUCGUCCCUAAGUCGGACGGAGAGCUGCGGCAUGACGGGGUCGAUCUGAGAGCGCGUCCGCGGGGCCAGAGCCGGAGGGAGAGCCCGGCGGAGGGGAAGAACAUGGUGCCGCGGCGCCGUCCGGUCACCAGCACCCGGCCUCGCCCCCGCUCCUCCUCCCCUCGGAGCCCUGAACAAGGGUCCCGAGCCAGCGGCCAAAGCGUUAAAGCCGCGCGGGGGCCCGCGAGGCCCAGCGGGCGGCGAGACGGCAGGGCAAGCGCUGGUGCCCGGGAGCCUCCGCCGAUGGAGUGUGGCCUGGCUGGCGUGAGCACAGGAGAUGGGCUGGUGAUGAAGAUCAAGCCAGAGAAGCCAGAGUGGAUGCUGCAGACGCUGGUGCCGCAGGCCGAGCUUUCCGAGAAGGAUAAGGAAAACAUCUUCCAGCAACAUCGGAGCCUCCCGCCAUGCCAGACCAUGGGGAAGCCUCGGGCCUUGGGGGGACAGGAGGAGACGGGGGGUCCAAGGUGGGCCCCUCCCACUGAGCAGGCGGCGGGGCUGGCAGGCCGGGCUCUUUCUGCCGGCGAGGGUCACUUUGUGUGCCUGGACUGCGGGAAGAGGUUCAGCUGGUGGUCAUCCUUGAAGAUCCACCAGCGCACCCACACCGGGGAGAAGCCGUACCUGUGCGGCAAGUGCGGCAAGAGCUUCAGCCAGAAGCCCAACCUGGCGCGCCACCAGCGGCACCACACGGGCGAGCGGCCCUUCUGCUGCCCCGAGUGCGCGAGGCGCUUUAGCCAGAAGCAGCACCUGCUCAAGCACCAGAAGACCCACUCGCGGCCCGCCACCCACUCGUGCCCCGAGUGCGCGCGCUGCUUCCGCCACCAGGUGGGCCUCCGCAUCCACCAGCGCGCGCACGCCCGGGACCGCCAGGGCGCCCGCGCCGGGCUGCAGGAGUUGCUGCGGGACGCCGCCGCCCGCCGGGGCUGUCGCCUGCGGCCCGGGCCGCCGCGGGGCCGCCCCGAGUGGGCUUGGCUGGGGCUCUGCCAGGGCUGGUGGCGCCAGGCGGGGGCCCGGGCCGCAGUCGCCGCCGCCGCCGCGGGGCCGGGUGAGCAGCGCCAGUUCAUCUGCAACGAGUGCGGCAAGAGCUUCACGUGGUGGUCGUCCCUGAACAUCCACCAGCGCAUCCACACGGGCGAGCGGCCCUACCCGUGCCCCGAGUGCGGCCGCCGCUUCAGCCAGAAGCCCAACCUGACGCGGCACCGGCGCAACCACACGGGCGAGCGGCCCUACCUGUGCUCCGCGUGUGGCCGUGGCUUCAGCCAGAAGCAGCACCUGCUUAAGCACCAGCGUGUGCACCGGGGGGCCCUGGCGCCCACCUCCAGCGCCAAGGACCAGGCUCUUUACUGUGUGCCUUGCCACUUUGGCACAGCUUACUUAGAAAAUGCUGCUAAAAAUAUGGAGCUGGCGUCCCCGGGGGGCGGGUCCCCUGCGGGGGACGGGGAGGAGGGUCUGGGGGACGAGCGAGGCCUGGUCAUCCACCACCCCGCGGAGGAGCAGCCUCACCGCUGCCCACUGUGCGGCCAGACCUUCUCGCAGCAGCCCAGCCUCGUGCGGCACCAGAAGGCGCACGCUGGGGUGGGCCGCGCGGCCGCCUUCGUGUGCCCCGAGUGCGGCAAGGCCUUCAGCGUCAAGCACAACCUCGAGGUGCACCAGCGCACCCACACCGGCGAGCGGCCCUUCGCCUGCCCGGAGUGCGGGCGCUGCUUCAGCCUCAAGCAGAACCUGCUCACGCACCAGCGCAUCCACAGUGGCGAGAAGCCGCACCAGUGCGCGCAGUGCGGCCGCUGCUUCCGCGAGCCGCGCUUCCUGCUCAACCACCAGCGCACCCACGCGCGCAUGCCCGCGCCACACCCGCGCCGCCCCGGCGUGUUCGGGGAGCGGCGGCCCUACUUCUGUGCCCGCUGCGGCAAGAGCUUCGCGCGCGAGGGCUCGCUCAAGGCCCACCAGCGCAGCCACGGCCACGGGCCCGAGGGCCAGGCGGCCCAUUUAGGCCGCGUGCUCUGA